AUGUCUCAUCUCACCUACAACUGCGAUGUCUGUCGAACUAGAAUUCCACCGCUAAACCCUCGCGUACAUUGUCUUGACCCCGCAUGUCCAGACUUCGAUCUCUGCGCCAAUUGUGCGCUUGGUGAACGGUCUACUCCCCCACACGUACCUGCGCAUAAAACAAAAGUGUUUAAAACAGCAGGUGGUGGAGGUGUGACAAUGGCUGAAGGGCGAUGGUACAUCCAUACAAAUGUGGCUAAUGCACCACCUCCAACACAGAAUAUUGCAACGCCGUCACUUCCUCCACGACCAAUGGCAUAUGGGCCCCCUCCUCUGCCUAGUCGCGGGUCGAACAUGGGAACCAAUCCCAAUCCAAAUCCAAAUAGUAACUCUGCCACAUCAUUCCACGGCCACAGCCAGGAUUCAUAUCCCUCAGCAGGAUGGCAGCCAUUUUUCAAUCCUGACUCCUCGCCAUCUCACACUUUUGUUACGCUUAUAAAUGAUAUAUUCACCUAUCUUGAUCCAACAAAUAACGGAAAUUUAGUACCGGAAACAUUCUCGAGGUUUUUGGACGAUAUGGGUUAUCUGCCACACGAAAACGCCUGGAAAGGUGGAUUAAAGGCGACUUUUGGACUUUCGGCAGAGUCAAACGCGGACAAAAGUCUUAAGAACGCGUUUGAUCUCUUUUCCAUUGAUCAUAUUCUUCUACAACGUCAGCAACCUCCUCAUGUAGAUCCCACAGGCCUCACAUCCCAGUUUUCACGCGUUUUGGGAUCGGCCUUUAAGCCAUCCAUGCUUGGAUCCUCCGCUUCAACUACUGUGGGGCCGAUGCCUGCCAUCACGCGCGCCGGCUUCGUCGAAAUUACCCGAAUUGAAGCACUUUCAGAUCCUUCUCGUGAAUGGGGAAACUUUAGCAGACUCAUAAAAAAAUAUGACUUACCGCGGUAUAGGGGGUGGGGUGACCUUCCCCGAAGUGUACUGCCUGACGUCCCGGAUGCAGCAAUGCUCCAACGUGUUGCAGGUGUAAAUGCAUUCGCAAAACGACAAGGGAAGGAGGCUCUCGAUGCCGCUAUAGUUGAGGCGCAGAUCAGAGCUCGAGGACGAGAAGCAGCAAUUGAUCUUCUCAGUGACACUAGAAGGGUGGAAUAUCGAUAUCUUUAG